GCUGAGUGAGCGGCCCCACAAUGAGCUUAUUCAUCAGUAUCAAGUGGUUUAAGAGCUAAGACGAACCAGAUCAACAGUGUUGUACUGGCUUGCAACGGCAGUGCACGUCUUGCUGCCACUCGUAUGAGGUGCAAGGCCCGCUUAUUUUUUGGACUGCGUUCGCCUGAGUACACCAGCCUCGUCAGCAGUGCGUAUCGACAGGGUGUAUUUCAUCGCCCGAAAAAACUUUGUCAUGAGAAAAGCCGGCCGUCCCAGAGAAACAAGCGAAUGUCAGAGCAUAAUCCUCCCUGUAAACAGUAACGUACAGAUGUGAUGUUUACCAUUACACGGGAAGUCGGGACGGCACGAGGACACCUGACCUUUUAUUCUUAUUAACUUCAGCAAGACAAUCUACAACCAAUAAAUGCGUAGAUAGUUUAUCUGCAAACAGCACUGAUAAGCCAAAUCAGCAAUACAUCAACACGGCAGAGAGAGAGAGAGAGGCAACCGCAUUGAAGAGUGGCGUCAGAUACGAUGAACCUGAUAUUGUAAUCGAGUUGACCAGGAGACCAGGAGCCACUUCUCGGUGAUCACGCGAGCCCUACCGAGACCACUUGACAAGCACCACGCAUUCCUCGCCUCUCAACUACGUAGUGUGCUCCCGCAAGGCUGAUAGCAAGGAAUCAAGCGGCUUCUCCGGUGUUGCGUAUCAUUUGGAAACACUAGACGAGAACUCGGUGCGAAACAGUGAUCUAGUUGUGGUCCAGUGUGAUUAAAUAGCUUAAGCAUUCGGAAAUAUGACCUUUGUGAAUAAGGAAAACUAUGUAUGAGGAGGAAGUGAGCCUUAUCAGACGCAGGCAGUGACUGUGGGAGGGACGGGGAGCGCCAUGGAUCAGCUGGAGGUGAUGCCAGUGAGCUCGCGCGUGGUGUGUCUCACCGCGCCGCACCUCAAGUCCCUGUGUGUGUUCGAGGCCCUCUCCCGCACGCUGGGCUGCUACUACAACCAUCACCGCCCACAGAUCGUGUCCUGCUAUGGGAAGGUGCGGCUCCCAGUGCCUCGAAUCACACGCAUCCGCGGCCACACCGGCCACACCCACACCCCCGGCGAAGCGCCCACCCUGCACACCCUCCUGCAGAUGGGAACAUACCUGGUGUUCCACCUUUCUGACUGGACACAGGUGCAACAUUGUCAUCUGGUCCUGAAUGGCAUUGAAAAAGUUCCCCGAACAGACGUUCCUGCAAAAGUCAUCCUGGAACGCAUCGACAGCACCACCACAGCUUCAAGGCUCCUUCCCCCGGAGGGUGAAUCUGAGCCUCAUCUCGGUGCGGCUGAGUGUGUCACUCCAGACCCUCCUUUGAACAAUUCCAACAACAGAGUGAACUCCAGACACACUACACUCAGCUCUGUGUCAGAGAGAGUCUCCUGUGCAAUCAAGAGUCUUGGUCUUGAACAAAGACAUACCAGUCAUGAACAUAGUAAAAAUAUUAGCAGUAAGACAAAACUCAUGGACAAUCAGGGAGAAACAAAAAAGUCUGAAUGUGAAAAAUGGCAAAUGGCUUCAAGCACACACAUGACCAUCAACAUGGAGGAGUCGGAGGAGGUCACGACACUGCUGGAUGACGACUACAGCUCAGACACAUCAGACGACCUUCACAAGGUGGUGAGGCGGCGGCUCGUGGUGGACAUUACACCGCUGCUGCAGGCUCCACCCUCUGACAACAUCCUUACCAUCCUGCUAAGGCCAGCUGAGGAAACCCAGGCCUGGCAAUUCCUUUCAUCUUGCAUCAAGGUGAUAAUGAGUGGCAGCAAGGACCAGGCAGUGAAUGGCUCUGGCACCAUGAAGAGGGCCCUCAUGAGGACCAGGCCGCUCUACUUUUCAAAGAAUGGAAAUGCACACAGACUCUAGGUCAAAACAGUAGUGCAUCACAUUUUUUCUCAGAAAAGUAUUCAUCAAUUAAUUUGUACCUGAUGUAUGGUUAUGAACAAUAUCAUCAAUGAAAAAACAACAGUUUACCCUUCUUCAUCCAAGUACCAAUAAAACUCUGCCUCCCAUCCCUACAUCUAAAAGCAUAACGAAUAUAAAAAAUAACGAAAUAAGAGGGUCGUGUAUUUCAAAGGGGAGCUGAGUGAGGGUUUUGGUGUUCAUGUGGCUGUUAGACGAAUGUGUAAUGUUACCAUGGCAGUACAAUAUUUGUAUGGAUGGUUGUAUCAGGGAUGUGAUAGCCAAAGGAGCAGAUUUAGGGUCAAGAUUGAGAGAGAUAGGUACAAAGCAGUCAAUGAAGGCAGGCUUCUUUGCUGAUGAUACAGCUGUUGGAACAAAUGAGAGAAUGCUGCAGAGGAUUGUAGAUGAAUUUAACAGGAUGUGUAAGAGGAAAAAGUUGAAAGUAAAUGUUGUCAAGAGUAAGGUAAUACAUAGUAUAUAAGAGGGCAAGAAAGCAGACAACUGAUCUUGCAGUCACACAUGGUUGGGGCAGAGAGCACAAUGGUGAAAGGACUGGUUGGGGAAGAGGAGAUGGAGGAAAUUGUUUUAUUUAAAUAUUCAUGGACAGUUCUGUGUGAGCAUGAGAGCAUGGAAGGAGAGGUGAGGGAGAGAGUAAGAAGGGCAGACAGGCAAUAAGUGCACAGGAGAGUUAUGAGAGGAAGACGUUUGAGCACAGUGGAAGAGGUGCAUGUGUGGUGUGUCAAGAUGGUAUGAAGAAUUAUGAAAAUAUGCAUAUAUGAGUUUGGGUUUGGGUGGGUGGGUGGAGUGGUUGAAUGAGUGCUAUAUGGUUCUCUCAGCUGGUCCAGGCAUGAUGAGAAUGAAUAAGGAUGAGUUUGUGAAGAGUGUAUUUGGGCAGACCUGAAGCAGAGGGUGCCAAGGCGAGACCACCAGUGAAAUGUGGCGGAGCAGAGGUCACCGCCAGCCAGUCGUCAGAAAACUUUAUACAUACACCACAGGCUUAGACUAAAGAAACAAAGUAAAAUGAAAGGAAUUUUACAACUCUGCAUAUGCCCCUAACAUUAUCCCCCUUCCAACACAUAAAGUUCACAAGACUACUCACCAUAAUACAUCAGCCAGUUUGGGAUGGUCUGCAUCAUUCACUAUGUCAGGAACAUAUGUUAUAACUUCCUUCUGCACCUGGAAGAGAGAAAGAAAAAAAUAUAUAAGUAUGUUAAAAAUUUACAAGAAUGAUAACACAUUCAGAGAGCAGCCAGCCAAGGGAAUAUCAAGCUAACAUGGGUUAACAAUUACACUAGUUUGUGCAUCUGUACUGUGUGGUCCACUUCUUUUGCAGUAAAAAAUAUCACAAGCAUAACAAGCCUAUUCUUAUAAUGAACAAGAUAAGGGGAUGGAGACAAAUUCAAGAAGUAAAAAUAGCGGACAACGUGGCGGGAUAAAUUAUUAGGUGAACUGGACAACACCAUCAUUCAAGCACCAGCCUGGCACUGUUAUAGUAUAUCUCAGUUUAAAUACAGCAAUUACAAAGU